AUGAAUGCAAAGUGGCAUGAGAUGCUGAGCACUGAAAUUUAUCAAAACAACUUGUUUGGAGUAGUGACUGACGAAGCACAUGUCAUUCCUAAAUGGUGAGUGUUGUGCAUAACUCUAUUUUACCUUCAAAAAGGCACAUCCAAAUAAUGUAGUAUCUUUUUACUUUUUUUAUUCCAACUUCAGAUUUUUACACUCUGUCCAAUGACUUCAAUGUUACUAACCGUAGUUGCACUAAAUGGCUAGUAGGUACUUUUCCAAAUAUAUUGGCUGAGUGGCAGGCAAUAAAUAUUUAUUUUCAAUGGCUUUCAUUGCCCUCCUUGAUUUAAAGCAAUUGUUUUGUUUGCACUUUAAUGAAACUUAGGAAAGUGCUUACAAUAAUAUGUAUAAAUACUUGGUUACUGUCAUUCUAUUUUGCAUUUUAUCCGACACACUGUACAGUCUUUGAGGAUACAGACUCGGCCUAUUAAGCCCAUUUUCCACUAGACAAAUUUGUUUGUACAAACAGUAAAAAAGCAUUGCCAAGAUGUGUUUUUCGCUUUGUGCAAACAAAUUUACCUUGAAGAAGGUUUCAAAGAGAUGAGACACCCUUGGGAUUUGCAAGGGCUGUGAAAAACCCCUUUAUCAGGCUGAAAAUGUCACACAGUCAGGGUACUGAUGCUAUUGAUGUACAACUAUGAAUAAAUUUUGACUUUGUGACAUUUCUUUGGAAACAAUGUUGAUUUUGCCAUGGUAAAUAUAAACUGCACUCUAAUUUAGUUCAUGGGAAUAAGAUGCCUGGAGGUUUGAACAACCUGAUGGAGUUAUAAAUAAAAGUGGGCAAACAAUGUAUUUUUUGUUUAGGGGACAGAAUGACAAAAAAGAGAAACGUUUGGCAUUUAGAGAAUGUUUUGGAAGACUUGGAGAACUUCGAUCUAUCUUACCAGGGGCACCUGUUCUUGCGCUUACUGCAACUGUUACAAAGAAAAUUAAGAAGAAUGUGACUGAGUCGUUGAGCCUGAAAAAAGAUAUGGUUUUGAUUGAUGCUAAUCCCAACUGGCCAAACAUCUACCUCAGUGUUAAGAAAAUAUCAAAUGACUUGAAUUCAAGCUUUCAGUGGUUAGUGGAAAAAUUAAAGAAGGAAAUGAACACCAUGGAUAGAGUUUUGAUUUACUGUAAGACAAUUAAAGAUUGCGGUAGAAUUUUUACAUAUUUUAAAUGCAAACUUGGAAGUGAUGCCUACUACCCAGCAGGUACAGAACAAAUUUCAAUCAAUAUGCUUGUGGGCAUGUACCACCACUCAACCCUUCAAAAGCAUAAGGAGAGAAUUAUCAACUCUCUCCAUGACAUGCAAGGAGUUUGUAGAAUCAUUAUUGCCACUAAUGCACUAGGGAUGGGUGUUAACUUCAGAAACAUUCGAACAGUUAUCCAUUACGGGCCUCCAAGGCAAAUGGAUGAUUUUAUUCAAGAGAUUGGUAGAGCAGGGUGAGACAACCUGCCAGCUGUGUCCAUUCUAAUGUACAAUGGUAUGCUCCUUAGGAAGUGUGAUACACAGAUGAAAUUGUAUGCAUCUAAUAUCAAACGGUGUUUGAGAGAAAUUCUUCUUGCAGAAUUUGAGUCUCUAUUUACACCACAUGACACACCUCACAAUUGCUGUACUGUUUGUCAUAAAAUAGGUUCUUGUCUUCAGCCUGGACAAUGUAGUGUGAUUAUUGAAACUGACUUGGAUUUUCUCAUUUCGUCCUCACCAGAAGAGAGAUCGAGGGUUGUUACUGCACAACAAAAGCGGUCGCUUAGGGAGUUGUUGCUUGAAAUGAAACAGCAUAUCCAGUUGAAUGACAAAUCAUAUUACCUUUCCGCAGACAGUUCCACAGGAUUUACUGCGUCACUUAUUGAUCUUGUUGUCAAGAAUUGUAAGUACAUUUUUUUUAUAUUACAUCACUACAACAUUUCCUGUUUUCAAGAAAGAUCAUGCUGUUCAAAUUUUGCACAUAUUCAAAGAUGUGUUUGAUGACAUUGACAUUCCUGAAAUAGAUACAUAUGGGAGUGAAGCAGAUGGUGAAUUACUAACUAUGUAUAAUUUGGAAUAUGGUGGAGAAUACAUUCAAGAUACAGAGAAACUAAGUGAUUAUACAAGUGACAUUGAUGUUACUGACCUGUCAGUGAUGUCUGAUAUUGAUGAAUAA